AUGCAUGUUUUCAAAGUGAUUACACAUAAUUCAGAUGUGUUGUGCUAUGUGUACACGUCGGGUACAACCGGAAAUCCAAAGCCAGCUGUCAUCAAGCAUUUCCGCUACUACUUCAUGGCUAUGGGAGCUGGUAAAGCGUUUGAUAUCGUAGAUGACGAUGUGGUCUACAUUACAAUGCCCUUGUAUCACUCUGCUGCAGGGAUCAUGGGAAUUGGCUCGGUAAUCGUGUACGGAACUACGGCGGUGAUUCGUAAGAAGUUCUCGGCCAGCAACUUUUGGAAGGAUUGUGUAAAAUACAAUUGUACGGCAAGUCAAUAUAUUGGCGAAAUCUGCAGGUACCUCCUGGCCCAGAAACCUUGCGAAGAAGAAAAGAAACAUCGGGUUCGUCUCAUGUGGGGUAAUGGGCUUCGCGCUGAGAUCUGGAAUGAAUUUGUGUCAAGAUUUGGGAUUCAACGAAUUGGUGAACUCUAUGGCUCUACCGAAGGCAAUUCCAACAUCGUGAAUAUUGACAACCAUGUUGGAUCGUGUGGUUUCUUCCCGAUCUAUCCGCAUAUUGGAGGUCUUUAUCCCGUCCGUCUUAUCAAAGUCGAUCAGGAGACCGGUGAACUGAUUCGUGAUGCUAAAGGCCUGUGUGUACCUUGUCGUCCUGGUGAACUUGGAGAAAUGGUCGGUGUGAUCAAAAGGAAGGAUCUACUCUUGAAGUUUGAAGGCUACGUGGACAAAGGCGAUACCGAGAAGAAAAUUUAUCGUGACGUGUUUGCGCAUGGUGAUCAGGUUUUCGCCAGUGGUGACAUUCUAUAUUGGGAUAAACUCGGCUAUUUGUACUUCAAGGACAGAAGAGGUGACACGUUCAGG